UUACUCAAUUGCCAUUCCUAAAAGAAUCUAGUAGGAAGGCUAUAAGAAACUUCCUCUCACUAAUCUUUCUUAUUUGCCAGCUUAGAUUUUAAGUUGCUUCUUGGCUACCAAAAUGCCUAGACAGAGUAACUGACAAGAAUUCAACUGACAGGUAGUUUGACCAGACCUGGAGGAAGGAUUCCUUCAAAGUUAGCAUCCUCAAAGGACUGGCUAAAAGCAAGCAACUGGCUUGAACACCCUAAGAAGAAAUAUUCACACUGCACCAGGAGACAUCAGAAAGAAUGAAAACUCUGCCACUGUUUGUGUGCAUCUGUGCACUGAGUGCUUGCUUCUCAUUCAGUGAAGGUCAAGAAAGGGCUUACGAACUACGUCACAGAAGGCAUCAUCACCAUUUACCCAAACCUCACUUUGAAUUACCACAUCAUCCUGGACUACCAACUCACCAGAAGCCACACCUUAUAAAGCCCCAUAAAUGUGUAUACAAACGCUGUAGGCCUAGGCCUCCACCUUCAGUUCAUAACCCCCACAAAUUCCCAAAUCCUCCCCAGCCAUCUAAACAUCCAGAUACUAGCAGUGUGGUCAACCCUGCCUUAGUGGCUACAACCCAAAUUCCAUCUGUGACUUCCCCAUCUGCUUCCACCAAAAUUACUACCCUUCCAAAUGUGACUUCUCUUCCUCAGAAUGCCACCACCACAUCUUCAAGAGAAAAUGUUAACACAAGCUCUUCUGUAGCUACAUUAACACCACCGAAUUCCCCAGCUCCACAAGACACCACAGCUCCCCCACCCACACCUUCUGCAACUACAGCAGCUCCACCACCUUCCUCAGCUCCACUGACCACAGCUGCCCCACCCACACCUUCUGCAACUACAGCAGCUCUACCACCUUCCUCAGCUCCACCGGGGACCACAGCUGCCCUACCCACACCUUCUGCAACUGCAGCGGCUCCACCACCUUCCUCACCUCCACCGGAGACCACAGCUGCCCUACCCACAACUUCUGCAACUACACCAGCUCCACCACCUUCCUCAGCUCCACCGGGGACCACAGCUGCCCUACCCACACCUUCUGCAACUACACCAGCUCCACCGGAGACCACAGCUGCCCCAAUCACCACACCUAAUUCUUCCCCAGCUACUCUUGCACCUGCCACUUCUGAAACUUCAGCUGCACCCACACACCAAACCACUAUUUCAGUCACUACUCAAACUACUACUACUAAACAACCAACUUCAGCUCCCACUCAAAAUAAAAUUUCUCGAUUUCUUUUAUAUAUAAAGAAUCUACUAAACAGAGUUAUUGAAGACAUGGUGGAGCAAUAGUAUAUGUUGUAAAGUGUUCUGUCAUUUAUAAGAUGUGAUUUAUCAGUGCAGAACUACCAUGUUUACUUUUAGCACCAAUCCCAACAUGAAAUUAUAUUAUUCAGAUUUAAAGCACUAUGACUAAUCUUUCAAUCGAAUUAUUCACCACCACAAGACCUAUUAACAAGACAAAAUGCCUCUAUCCCACAAGCCAGGUGCAGGUCCGAGGUUCAAAAAUCACUUUUUGGAACCUACAGAGAUAGCCCGCUGAGGGCAGAGAAAGUCUUUAGAUAAAGAGAGAAUAUUAUAUGGGCCAUCAAUCAUUUACUUUUUCCUAAAUGUUGGAAACUACAAAAUCACUACCUUGUACCCCCAUCAAAAUCCCACCUGAACCAUCUAAUCCUAUAAACAUAAGGGGGUAAAAUUGGAUCUCUCCAGAUGAACAAAAACAUCUAAAUAUCUGUAGACAGAAACUUUAAUCUAAAUCUAUCGAUAGACCUCUCGUUGUAUUGUUGAUUAAUGACAAAACCCUUUAGAUAAGUAUCUUUAAUUUUAAAUAAAAUGUUCACAAAGUGUGAGCCAAGAAAGGGGAAAUUGAUUUGAAGUAAGGAUUAGAAGUGAAUGACAAUAAAGUCUGGCACCCAAGCAUGAACCAAGACCGGCACUGUUUUUCUUAGUGUAUGUAAUUGUUUAAACUGCAAAGUUGACAUUUAUUGCAUUGUGUCUAAGUUAAUUUCAAUCCAAUAUACUUGAUUCUAGCCUCUGUGAACAACAAGAAUACAUUUUUGUAUGUUCACAUGGUGCUCAUAAUAUUUCACUAUCAAUUCAAUUAAUUCACAUAAAUUCCAUGUGAAAUGUAUUCAACAAUGGAAUAUUUUCUAAAACAUUUAGUAUACAUUUGAAUGCAUUUUAAACCAUGCCAAACUAUUACUUUAAUGUCAAGUUUGCAGAAUUGUCUCUGAAAAUAAAAACCCUGACUUUAGUUGUAAAAGAAUAAAAAUUAGCUACUUGGUAUAUGGAGAUGUUCAUUUGGGAUAUGGAGGCAUUUUUAUCUUCUGUCACUGCUACUUAAAACUCUGAUGAUUAUGUUAGAUUUUUUUGCUAACUAAUAAAGAUUUCAAAUGGCAAUUUA